UGAAUUUCCUACUCUUGAAGAAGCCACUAACACGGCUUCUACAACAACAACAACAACAACAACAACAAAUGAUAAUAAUAUGGAAAAGUCUACACUAGGCUCUUCUUGGGCUGAAGUUGCACAGCCUCAUUCUGAAAACGCUGCAACUGUACCUAAGAAUGAACAACAAACAAAUAAGAUAAAUCAUGAUCCUAAUGCAUGGGCAGAAAAUAAACAACAUGCUACAUACGCUGAAGUUGUUGAACACGAAGAACAACAAUCUCAAGAGUUUCCUACUCCUCAAGAAAGCCUCAAACAAACAAAUACGGAACCAUUGCCUGCAUCAGGUGGUGUUGGUGAUUUAUUAAAUGACUCUGCUGAAACUACAACUUCAAAAGAUUCUAUUCAGCCACCAAAUCCUAAUAGAUCAUUUGCCGAUGUAGCUUCUAACAAAGAUUUUCCUAAACCUCAACAUGAUAUGAAUAAUCAAAUAAACCAGGAUCAGCCUCCUCUGUCUGAUAUACCAGAUGUCAAUGAUAUGUUACAACAGCCUUCUGUUCAUGUUCCACCUGUUCCUCCUUCACAAAGUUUUGCUAAAGUAGCUGCAAAAGAAAUUCCACCUGAAAAUCAACCUUUAAGUGAUCGUACUCAAGAGCUCAUAAAAAAUCAACUUCAAGAAAAAGAAGAUUCAUUGGCUAUCAAUGAUGAUAAUUUCCCUACCUUAGCUCAAUCGAAUUUAAUGGCAGAAGAAAAGGCUGACAAAGAAGAAAAGGCAAUGUAUUCCGAAAUUUCAAGAUUCAAUCAAGUAGGAGAAGAAGAAGAUAUAUAUAAAGAAUCAAAUGUUGACUCUCAAUUAAAGAAAUCAUUUGCUGAUGUUACUGGCUCUAAUCUUGAAAAUGCACCCCCUCCCGCUGUUUCUCAUGUAGAUCAGCAUCCAGUUUAUGAUGAAGAAACUGUUUAUUUGGAGAGAGCUAAGCAAGAUGAAAGAAAGCAUCUUCAAAAUGAACAAGGAAAUAAUGAACAACUUAUUGAAGAAGAGAAGUUAAAACAAGUUGAGCCUACAAAAGAACAAAAGGAACAAGAGGAAAAGGAAAAUAAAGUAUAUGAAAAGAGUAAAGAGAUUGUCAAAGAAGAUAAAAAAGAGAAUGAAAAUAGUAUUGUUAUUCGUUUAGAGGCAUUUGACAAGCAUCAUACAGGAAGAAUUACGAUCUUCCAGACUAUGUACGCCUUGUAUACAUUAGGCUAUUCCUGGUUCUGUAUUAUUCCUGGUGCUAUCUUGAUGCAUCUUCGUCUGUCCCCCAUGACAUCUCCUUAUCAUUUCCCAUUUAUUUAUAGAUCACCGUUUGAUUUGAUUUUACUUCCAAUUUACACAAAGAAGUUGCAAACUGCCUUAACUUAUAAUACACCUAUAGUUCACCAGAAUAAAGAACAAGUUGAUAAAAUAGUGAAGAUUUAUGGUCAUCAACGAGGUCUUGGUUAUUGGGAUGGUAUCAGAGCUUUACGUUAUAUGGAAAAGGAUACAUUAAGGUGGUGGCAAGUUGGUUUGUGGGCUAUUCAUAGAAUUCAAUGGACAUUAAUUUAUACAAUGUUACAUGAACCAGAAUCAAGUGUCGUUACUGAACCCACCCUUUUAUCUUUAGUAUCAAAAAAUUAAAAUUUCUUUUAAUUAUUCCAUAUGUAACUUUGUUAAAAAAAAAUAAUAAAUUAUAUCAUUCGCGUCUAAA